UACCUGUCCUUUCCAUAAUGACGCUGCUCCUCAUCUCCUUGGCGCUGUGCAUCCUGCCUUCCCUCGCCACCACCGGCGACGAGCUCGCGCUCCUCUCCUUCAAGUCCACGUUGCCCGGAGGCGCUCUGGCCUCAUGGAGCGCGCCCGGCAGCUACUGCCGCUGGCCGGGAGUCGUCUGCGGCGGCCGGCGUCAUCCCGAGAGGGUGGUGGCGCUGCGCUUGCCUGCCCACAACCUGACGGGCCGCCUCUCGCCGUCGCUGGGGAACCUGUCCUUCCUCCGGGAGCUGGACUUCAGCGAUAACCAGCUGGUUGGGCAGAUCCCUCCGGAGCUCGGUCGCCUCGUUAGGCUCCGGGUGUUAAACCUCAGCGACAAUCUUCUCCAAGGAAGCAUCCCCGCGGCUCUUGGACGGUGCACCCGUCUCACUAGGCUUGACCUGCACAACAACAAGCUCCAAGGAGGGAUCCCACCUCGGCUGGCUGAGUUGACAUCAAUGGAAUACAUGAGCUUGGCUCGCAACACUUUAUCUGGUGAGAUACCACCUAGUCUGGCCAACCUCUCCAACCUCUCGUAUCUUGCCCUUAGCGCCAACAUGCUAUCCGGGGUUAUCCCUUCAUCUUUUGGCAUGUUGUCCAGCUUAUCUGCGAUCACGUUAGGCAGCAACAAUUUAAGUGGAUCAAUCCCGGUUACCUUUUGGAACAUUACCACUUUAAAAUCGUUUGUCGUCCGGAACAAUAUGCUAAGUGGGACAAUACCUCCAAAUGCAUUCAAUAAUCUUCCAAAUAUCCAAAUGAUACGGAUGGACAUAAACCAGUUUCAUGGCCCCAUCCCACCUUCGAUAGCUAAUGCUUCUCGUAUCUCAGAAGUUCAACUCAACUACAAUUUUUUCAGUGGCCAUGUUCCUCCAGAGCUUGGGAUGUUAAGAGAUCUUUACUGGUUACAGAUGGAGAAUAAUUUGUUCCAAGCUAAAGGGCCCCAAGAUUGGGAGUUCAUAACAGCAUUAACAAAUUGCUCCAAACUGGAAGUUUUGGGACUGAAUGAAAAUAAGCUUGAGGGAGCUCUCCCUCUUUCCAUUUCCAACCUUUCCACUUCGCUAAUACACCUUGAACUCAGAAUCAACGGAAUCACCGGAAGCAUCCCUGAAGGUAUCGGUAAUCUCGUUAAUCUACAACGCCUCGUCCUCAUGCGAAACUCUUUCACCGGCACUCUCCCCUCUUCCUUGGGUAGGCUUAAAAACUUGGGCGGACUCACUGUGGCUGAAAAUAAAAUUAGCGGGUCGAUUCCAUGGACCAUUGGCAAUCUCACUAAACUGAAUUAUUUGGACCUAAACAUGAAUAGCUUCAGUGGUGGAGUACCAAUCACAUUUGGAAACCUCACAAAGUUGUUCGGCCUAAAUCUUUCAAGUAACAACCUUACAGGGCCAAUACCUAGUGGAUUAUUCAACAUACCAACCCUCUCUGGAUAUUUUUAUCUGUCAAAUAAUAAUUUGGUGGGAUCAAUACCUCAAGAAAUAGGGAAUCUGAAAAAUCUUGUAGAAUUUCGUGCAGAGUCGAACAAAUUAUCAGGUGAAAUCCCAACCACCCUUGUUGGAUGUCAGCUUCUCCGGUCCCUCUCUCUCCAAAAUAACAUUUUAAGUGGUAGCAUCCCAUUACUCUUGAGUGAUCUGAAAGGUCUAGAAACUCUUGACCUGUCAAGCAACAAUUUUUCUGGCCUGAUACCAAAGUCCUUAGGGAAUCUUACCAUGCUCCAUUAUCUAAACCUUUCAUUCAAUAACUUCGUUGGAGAAGUUCCAACUACUGGUGUUUUUUCAAAUGUGACUAUAGUCUCAAUCCAAGGCAACAACAAACUUUGUGGAGGAAUAUCUGAUCUGCAUUUACCUCCAUGUGCUCUGCAAUCACCAAAGAGAAGGCAUAAACUACUGGUGGUCCUUGUGGUUAGUUCUACUUCUGUUGUUACACUAGCCAUCAUUGUGUUGCUAUAUAAGCUUCUCAGUAGACACAUGAAAAACAAAGAAGCAAUCCCUUCAACAACACCCAUACAGGGACACCCAAUGGUCUCUUAUUCGCAGCUGGUAAAAGCGACAGAUGAGUUCUCGAAAACCAAUUUGUUGGGCUCCGGGGCCUUUGGGUCUGUUUACAAAGGAGAGUUAGAUGGUGAAGCCGGUGAAAGAACAAUCCAUGUUGCGGUGAAGGUAUUGAAACUUCAAACCCGUGGAGCACUGAAGAGUUUCAUAGCCGAAUGUGAAGCACUCCGAAACCUGCGACACCGAAAUCUUCUCAAGAUAGUUACGGCUUGCUCAAGCAUUGAUACUAGAGGGGAUGACUUUAGAGCCAUUGUAUAUAAUUUCAUGCCUAAUGGUAGUUUGGAAGGUUGGCUACAUCCUGACAAGAACAACCAAGAAGAGCAGAAGCACUUGAAUUUGCAUCAAAGAGUGACCAUACUACUCGAUGUGGCUUAUGCGCUCGACUAUCUGCAUUGCCAUGGAUCUGCACCUACUAUACAUUGUGAUGUGAAGUCAAGUAACGUGCUCCUAGAUGCUGAAAUGAUAGCCCAUGUCGGAGAUUUUGGGCUCGCUAAGAUUCUUGUUGAAGGAAGCUCAAUACUUCAGCAGUCAACUAGCUCAAUGGGAUUUAGAGGGACGAUUGGCUAUGCCGCCCCAGAGUAUGGUGCUGGGAACACAGUGUCGACAUAUGGUGAUAUAUACAGCUAUGGCAUACUUGUGUUAGAAACAAUCACCGGGAAGAGGCCCACCGAUAGCUUUAACCAAGGGCUGACCCUCCGUGCGUACGUCGAGCUCUGUCUGCAUGACAGAGCUAUGGAUGUUGUUGACACGCAGCUUUCUCUGGACCUUGAGAGUGAACUUCACAUUGCGGAUGCUGCUGCAUACACCAGAACGGAGGAUUGCCUUAUUCAACUGCUUAAACUUGGAGUGUCUUGCUCCCAGGAACUGCCAUCAAGCAGAAUGCCAACCGGAGCUAUAAUCAAGGAGCUGCGUGCCAUCAAAGAAUCUCUUUGUGGGAAUGCAGGGUAGUGAAUGUUGAGAAUUAAUAUGCCAAGGUGAAUGUGUCCAGUGCGUGGAUGAUACUUUUCUUUAUUCUGGUCUGAAAUGAUUUGGUUGCGGAAUCGCAAGCCUGAUGAAUCGUUUGCCUUUGUGACGGCGUAUCUCGUGCUGAGCCUGAAUUUGUACUAGUAUACGCACGCAUUGUAAUUGUUGGAUAUGGAUGGAAUAGAACGUCGCAUAUUACCGCUUUUUAUCUCAAGUUGUGAAGCCCUUAGGUGUAAUCUA